AUCACCACCAGCAGCAGCCAUGACCUCCGUGCGCUCAGGAUUGUCCUCCUCCAUGUCACUCUACUCCAUGAGCUCCUCCAAGCGAGCCUCACGCGGCACCAGCGUGUACGGCGGGGCCGGAGGCAGGAACGUCCGCGUGUCGUACGCUUCCAACGGUCUGGGCUCUGGCUUCGACCUGACGCAGGCGCUCGCGGGCGGCGACAACCUAAGCGUCACCACCAACGAGAAGGCGACGAUGCAGAACCUGAACGACCGACUGGCCUCCUACCUGGCGAAGGUGCGUUCGCUGGAGUCUGCCAACCUUCAGCUGGAGACUCAGAUCCGUGAAUGGUACCAAAAAAAGACCCCCGCCGUCAGGGACUACAGCAAGUUCGAGCCAAUCAUCGAGGACCUACGCAACAAGAUAAGAGCUGCCACGCUGUCAAAUUGCGAGUUGAUGCUGCAGAUAGAUAAUACCAAGCUGGCAACAGAGGACUUCAAAGUGAAGUUUGAGAAUGAGUUGGCAAUGCGCAUGUCAGUGGAGACAGACAUCACUGGGCUGCGCAGAGUCUUGGAUGACUUGACCAUGACUCGGGCCGACUUGGAGAUGCAGGUGGAGGGUUUGAAGGAAGAGCUGAUCUUUAUGAAGAAGAACCAUAAGGAGGAAAUGGAAAGCCUGCGCCAUAACAUGCAAUCCAGCUCUGUGAACGUUGAGGUUGAUGCCAAACCCCAGGAGGACCUGUCCAAGAUCAUGGAAGAGAUGCGAUCUCAGUAUGAGAACGUUGUGGAGAAGAACCGCCGUGAGAUGGAAGGCUGGUACAAGGACAAGUUUGAAGAUCUGAGCAAGAAGAUGGCAAGCAGCACAGAGACUAUAGAGGUCUCCCGAAGUGAGCUCACCGACCUGAAGAGGAGGCUUCAGGCUCUGCAGAUAGAGCUACAGUCCCAGCUUUCCCUGAAAUCUAGCUUGGAGGGCGAGCUGGCUGACACAGAGUCCCGCUACAGCUUUAAGCUGCGCAGCCUUCAAGAAAUGGUGGACAGCCUGGAGGUCGAGAUCAGCAAUAUGAAGAUGGACAUCGAGCGACAGGCAUCAGAAUACCGAACCCUGCUGGACAUUAAAACCAGACUGGAGAUGGAGAUAGCAGAGUACCGAAGACUGCUGGAUGGAGAGGAUGUGAAGAAAAAUAUAGUUGUGGAAGUGAAAGAAGUGAAAGAAGUUAAAAAAGAAGUAGUAGAAGAACAUAAACCGGUCAUUACCAAGAGGACAAAAGUGGUGAUUGAAGAGCUUGUGGACGGAAAAGUGGUGUCACGUACAGAAGAUGUAGACACCGCAGUCGUCAGCAAGUAAACUGAGCCAAAAAACCAAUCAAGAAGCAGUGUCUUUUGUAUUUAGGUCUCUGAAAAACACAGAAAGUAUAAACAUUUACCUUCCAGAUCUUUGUGUAGCUGAAAUGUUUCGAUUUUUUUGUCACGGUAUUUAUUUUGACUUAAAUACUGGAAGACAUAUGCAAAGCUAGAAUUGCUUUGAAAAUUCUGUGCUUGGAAAACCAGACUACAUAAGCAGUAAAACUAUAAGCUACAUCAGAAAAAGAAAUCCUAUUCCAGGUAUAGCACCUACAGGAAUAAAGUACAUUUUAUCAUGUUAAAAACAAACAAGUGCAAAAGAGCAAAUCCAGUUUUGGUUAGAUUUAGGAAAACGAAUAUUAGAUCCAUUUCUGUGUU